AAACCCAUAGUUGAAAAAUAAAAGUAGCAAAUAUAUCAUUCACAAUAGUAAACAUUUAUGUUUUGGAUUUUUUUGUUGAAGGAACACGUGCAUUGAAGAAAUUUACGAAUAUAUUCAAAUAAAAUGAAAAUUAAAAAGGAUAAAAAGCAAGAAAAACGUUCCCACGAUGAAGAACCACCUAAAGAAGAAAAAGAACACAAAAAAUCUAGUAAAAAACAAAAGCUAAAUAACGUAGAAAAGGAAAAUGGUGAUGACAAGACAGAAACAGAGUCUACUCCCGCAACUGAUAAGUCAUUUAAAUCUGUAGAUGUUAAUAUUUUCAAGUAUUUCAAAGAACUUACCAACGAUGAGGAAAAGACACGCAUGGAAGCAGCUCUACACCUUCUGCAGCAGAUUCAUCGUACCAAAGAACCAGAGAAGAGACAAAAAGAAUUGGCUUAUACCUUAAAACGUUUGAUACGUGGUUGUGGCGCUUCAACUAAUGUUUCACGAGCUGGUUUCUUUACUGGUUUGGUAGGCAUUAUGAAAUCUUUUACUACGGAAGAACUUACCAUGGAACAAAUAUUCGAAACACUGAACAAAGAAUUACAUGUGGGUGCCACCAUCGCCAACAAAGAAGAUGCUGAUGCAGUUGUGGGUAAAAUUUUAGUGUGCGGAGCUUUAUUGCAUUCUGGUCGUUUAACGGAAGCCAACAGUGAACAUUUGGAACAAGUAACAAAUAUGUUACUGCAAUCUUCACGCCAUCGCACUUAUCAUGCCUCUUUAGGUUUCUCUUUUCUUUGUGAAAUUAUUGAAGCGUUGUCACAGAAACAAUUUGAAUCAUCCAUUUGGCCACUUCUCCAAAAGGAACUAAUCAAACCCUGGCCUAAGCAAUCAUUGCAAACUGUUCAUUGCCUCAUAACUGUGCAAAAAAAGUUUCCCAACAUUGUUAAUGGCAAAUUUUUGAAACUUCAUUUUGGCGGUAACGAACUACUGAACCCAGAAAGUUUUCAAUAUCUUCAUAAAAUCUUUUGGGAACACAGUAAUACCGAUAUUCUAACUCAUCCGGCUUUUGAAUGUUUCGGUUCUUACAUAGCCAACACUAAAUAUUUAGCUCAAUUUUGGAGUGACACUGUCGAUCCAGGUCUAGAAAAUCCCACAAAAUUAUUAGAAGUUGAAACUUUAAAAAUAUUGACCGAUAUUUUGGACAAUUUAAAUGUGGAGCAAACAAACGUGCACGAACUAUUAACAGAUAAUUUUAUGCGCAUGUUUAUUGAGGGUUUGAAAAAUCUUAAACAAAAGAAAGAUGAAACUCUUAAGGCUUUCUAUGCUGAUUUCUUAGAGUCUUUGGUAAAAUCCUGUGGAAAACUUACCAAAGAUGCCGCCAAAGUAGCUGUUAUUAAACGUUUAAUUUUACCUCCUGGUAUAUUUAAUAUUGAAAAGUUUACUGGCCAUCGCAUUGUACAUCAGUUAAUUAACACUUUGGGAGAGGAGGGUGUACAAGAUGUUUUCCAAUUGUACAAGAGUAUUUUCUUGGCCACUCUAGCCAAAAAUCCAGAAAACGCUGCUGAGAAUUGGUUGAAUUUUGAACGUUUAAAUGCCGGUUAUACUUUGCAACAUCUAUUACAGCACAAGUCGGUUCAGUCCUCUUAUAAAUGGCGUGAAGAACAAUUGAAAUUCCUUUUCACCUGUGGUAUCUUCUAUGUAACAGACUCAGCAGAGAUCUGCAAGAAAGAAGCAGCCGGUUCAUUUAGCAAGGACUUUGCUGAUCAAUGCAAAAAUAUGUUUUACACUUGCUUACAAAGUAAAUUGAGUGACGUCCAACAAGAACAACAAUUACUAUUUAAUUUAGCCGAAUACUGCCAAGAGAAAAUGUCGCAAAAACAUGCAGCUAAAUAUUUCAGAAUACAAAAAUUCGAUGAAGCUCUGCAGAAAUCAUGGAAUAGUAUGUUUGAGAGUGUAGCAAAAUCUUAUAAAUCUGCGGUUCAGGAUAAAGCAAACAAAAAGAAGAAAGCUUUGGAAUCAAACAAAAAAGGGGAUAAUAAAUUGCAAACCGUUUUUAAUAUAUUGUUGUUGAAUAUGGGACUGCAAUUGUUCCGUGAAGCUGAAAUGGCCGGGCCUGCUGUUGAUGAUCUCUUGAAGUGCAUGGAGAAGACAAGUCAGCAAACAAAAACUAAAAAGUCCAAAAAAACUGGUGCUUCUGAACAAGAAGAAGAGCCUGAAUGGAUAGAAGUUGUGGUAGAUUUAUUCCUACAUCUUCUUUCGCAAAAUAAUAAUGCUCUGCGGAAUAUUGUAAAUGCCUUGUUCCCACAUCUGUGUGAUAAUUUAUCCUUGUCAGCAGUGCAUCAAAUUUUGGCUAUGUUGGACAUGAAGGAUGGCCAUAAUCCUCUAAGCACUAAAAAUGAAGAUGAAGAAGACGAAGAUGACGGCGAAGAAGAAGAGGACGAUGAUGAAGAAAUGGAGACUCAAGAAAAUGGUGAAGAUGCGGACAGCGAUGAAGACGAAGAAGACGAGGAUGAUGAUGACGACGACGAGGCUGAAGAGGAAGAUGAUGACGAUGAUGAAGAAGGUGUUACUGCUAGCGACAAAUUGCGCAAUGCCAUUUCUCAGGCAUUAAUUGCAAAUGGUUCUGCUGUCGAUGAUGACAUGGAAUCAGUAGAUUUAAAUCAAAUGACCGAAGAAGAAGGUCGUAAACUCGAUGAGGCUUUAGCAAAUGCAUUUAAGGCUUUGAAGAAGACCAAUGGUGGUGGCUCACAAACUAAAAAAUCUAAAAGUUAUCGUGUUAAAACCACAACUGUUAUGCAUUUCCGCAUUAGAGUUCUAGACUUGAUUGAAAUCUAUUUGCAGCAGAAACCUUCUUUGCUCAUUUCUAUUGAAAUCAUGUUGGCUCUCUUUAACAUGUUGGAAUACUGCGUAGGCGAUGAAUUAAAGCCAUUACAAACUAAAGUAGAAAAAGUUUUAACUAAGCUUACCUCACACAAAAAUUACACCACCGAUGAAGAACUAAAAGAAGAUAACUUUGUAGAUUUUAUACGUUUAAUUGUUGAAAAGAAAGCUCCAGCCGUUGUCUACGAGAUCGUCAAUAAAAUGCGCAACAAAUGUACAUGUUUCCUAAUAGCAAAUGCCUCCAAAAUAAAUGCAGAUCAAAAUACCGACAAAAUAUUGAAACUCUGCCAGGAAUAUACUGAGGAAUUUAUCAAAUCACGCAAUCCCACUGUAAACAUUACUUUACUCUCGGACAUAUUCAAAUUGCGUUGGCGUAAUGUUUGGAAUAUGGCAGACGACCUGACACAACACGGUCUCAGUGUACAAACUCGUACCUUUAGACGUAUACAAAUCUAUGAAGUUUUAUCUGUACUCUACAAAAACCAUGAGCUGCAAAAACAAAACGAAGAAUUGGCAAAGAAACAUUUUAAGAAAAUUGAAAAAUCCCUCAGUAAUCAUUUGAAGGCACUAAGUGAAAACACUUCUGUCAAGCAUUCUCCCAAAGAAUUUCAAACUUUGUUGGAUCUUUUACUAAAUGCUGAAAAAACUCAUCAACGCCUAAAAUUACAAAGUGUAUUAUCAGCCGAAAUUACAUUAAGUUCGGUCCAGAACCUAAGGAAACUUAUACGUUUAGAGUCUGCUCAAGUCUAUCAACGUUUUUGCAAUACAUUCAAACUGGAAGUUAUACGCAAUACAGAUGUACAAAAUAAAACAAAGGCACAACAACAAGUUUCCGAAUCCGAAAGUGAGAAUGAUGUUGAAACAAACGGUGAUGAACAAGAAACAAAAUCGGAAUCAAAAGCUCAAAAACGUAAAGCGGACGCAAAAGAUUUACGCAAACAAAAAAAGCAAAAGAAACAACAACGUUUAGAAGCAGCAUCUCGAGGUCUCAAUGGUGGCAUAGGAUUUACGCAAAGAAAUGCUAAAAAAGUUAACACUUUAGUUGAGAAUGGCGACAGUGACGAAAAUUAAUCAUAAUUUAGUAAUUAUAGAUUUUAAAUUAUAAAUGUAACCUUGAUUUUUUCAUACAUAAUAUUAUGUAGUAAUUUACUAUGUUUUGAUUUUUUUUAAACUUACAUAUUUAAGUUAACUUUUUUUCUUUUUCCUUACAUUAAAGUUGAAUGUUAAAGAUAAAUUUCAUUUUAAAAUGUAACAUAAUUAAAAAAAAAAGUUUUUAUAUAAAAAUGUGUAAUUUCAUUUAAUAAAAGUGGAUGAUAUAAAUAAAUAG